CAAGCGGAAGAAGUCGACUCCACUCAGCAGAUCCAGUCUGAGCAAGAAGAUCCGGCCGAGCUUCACACGCCGCGUCCAUCGCCUACUCCCAAUGACAACGGCAAUUCGAAAUCUCCCGAGCCAUCUGCCGAUCCCGGCACGAAAAGUGAUUCAGAAGUCAACGGGAAUGCGGAAGACAAAAAGACUGAGAAGGACGUCGAUUUCGUCGCGCUCGCGCUCAAAAUUCGGUAUAUGCUCUACGAACAAUCUGUCAACUACUUGUUUGCUUCGGAAUUUCGACCACCCGCCGCGUCUUUCGAGAUCGAUUUCGCAUUCAUUGAUGACGAGAAAUCCACGGAUGCUGAAGCUGACGAAGCUGAGCUCGCAGUUAAGGAGAAACCCCCACCUCCGACGCGUAAAGUCGAUGAAGACGAUUACGACGAUGAGGACGACGAAGCAGAGGAAGAUGAACAAAAGGAGGAAGAAGCCAAAGAACAGGAUACUACGAUGCAGGACGUCGAAACGAAUGAAAGACCCGAUACACCUGAAAGCAAAUCGAAAGGUCAGAAUGACAAGACACCAGAGUCGGCCAGCAAAUCGGGCAACGAUAACAGGCCCGAUCUCAAGCCUGAAUCUCGAUCUGGAACGCCUCAGAGACCCAGCACAGAUCCCGAAGCCAAAAUAUCCGGUGGCAUUAUUACUCCAGCAGAUACUCCAUCAGCAAGCGAAGAGAGACAAAACGGAGACGCGAUGCUUACUUUUGAGAUGAACAAUAUUUACCAGACUCUUGAUUCUGACAGCGAGCACCUGCUCAAAGUCCACAAGCUUGGAAAACGCUCUCAAACAAAUAGAGAAGGCAGCCCUAGUCGUGAGAAUGGCUCCGGUAACGCAGAUGCGCAUCCACCCAACGGUCAAGGAAAGCUCAGUCAAAUCAACUUUGGCGCUGCAAACUUGAGCUUGAAGCAUUUACUGGCUGUUAUCGACGAAAAGCGUCAACAGCUAUCAUUUUCCGACAUCGAGCUCAGGAACCUGAUAUCAGAGGUUCGGAAAAAUCGAUCGAAGUGGGCGAGCGAGGACAGGGUGGGACAGGAGGAGUUGUAUGAGGCAGCGGAAAAAGUGGUCUUGGAACUUCGUGCCUACACAGAGCAUUCUACCGCUUUCCUCAACAAAGUCAACAAAAGAGAUGCACCAAAUUAUUUUAAUAUCAUCAAACAUCCGAUGGACCUCAGCACGGUCAUGAAAAAGUUGAAGGCUCUUCAGUAUCGGAGUAAGCAGGAGUUUGUGGAUGAUCUCAUGCUGAUCUGGAAUAAUUGCUUGGAGUUCAACACCGACCCGCAGCAUUAUCUGCGCAAGCACGCCAUCGCGAUGAAAAAGAAGACUCUGACGCUGAUCCCGCUGAUUCCCGACAUCACGAUCAAGAGCAAGGCCGAGGCUGAGUCCGAGGAUUACACAGUCACUCCUGUUCCGCGAGAGAUGUCUGUCGAUGGCGAUAUCGAAAGUGAAGACGGAGACAGCGUGGUGGGUAACCACCGCUCGUCAUCUCGUGUGCAUACGGGGUCAAAGAAAGCGCCUCCUGGUUACGUGCCCCAUCACCCCUUGAACCGACGCGAGGACGACACUGCCAGUCAGGCUGAGAGUCAGACAGGGUUUCGGGGUGCAGCCGUCGAGAGCGAAGAACCCGUUACAGAAGUUUUCGAGUAUGAGGUUGUCCCCACUGUCCCCGAGACAUUAUGGAAUGUUUCAGAAAAGCUGGAGGGUCUCGAACACGAGCAGUUUGAGACCGCAGUCGAUCUGUCGACGAUCGAGUCACCUUUCGUCUCUACGAAAUCCGGGUUGACGACCUGUAUGGAUGCUAAUCUUGCGGAGCUGCAGCAGAUUCGCAAAGUAUGCUCCAAGAUCGCUGUCAUCAAGCGGAUGCAGCAGCAAGCGCAUCUGUACUCAGCCCAGCUAAAGGCGUACAAUCCCGAGCCUCUUGUUGAGAAAGACGUGGAUAUGGAAUCCCGUCUUCCUGGUCAUUCAGACUUAUCCCGAGAAGUAGCUGAAGCGUGUAUGCGUCGUUCAGUAGCCAAGGUUGCUAUGCAUACCGGCUAUGAGGACUGCCAGAUGCUUGCUAUGGAAGGACUGACCUCAUUAGCCGGUGACUUCAUGGAGCGCUUGGGACGCACUCUGUGCCUGUAUAUGGAAUCCUGUCGUGGAGUACAGCGUUACUCGACGGAAGACUUGAUUCUCCAAGCGCUCUAUGAGAACGGUAUCUACGACCUCGGUGGCCUUGAAUCAUACUACCGGGAUGACAUCGAGAGGUUUGGCGUGAAACUCAAGGACGUCCACGAGCGGAUGAAUAUGUCGCUGGCUGACUACUUGCGACCGGCGCUUGCUCCUAGCAAUAACUCUGAUGCCCAGUUCGACGACGGCAGUCAAGAAUUCAUCACAGGAGCGUUUUCGGACGACAUCGGCGAGGAUUUCUUUGGAUUCAAAGAGCUUGGUCUCGAUGAAGAAUUUGGAUUGUCGUCAAUGUCGGUUCCUCUACACCUGCUCCAUAGCCGACUGCACGCCAGCUCCAACGUCCAAGCCGCGCCCACUGUGCAGAAUCUGAUGCAAUCCGCUCCGCCGUUCGAGCCGCUGACGAUGGAAAAGAUCGAGCAGCAGAUCGGGCUGAUGCGCGAUUUCUUCAUCUCGAGAAUGGAGAAGUAUGAGGUCGACGGCGUGUUGCUGGAAGACGAAGCGCUGCCGCCCAAGCAGCGGAACCAGAGACCCAAGUUGCCGCCGACGGGCAAGAUCGCGGUGGUUAAGAAGCGUAGCUCGGAGAAUACGUUUGCAGAGUCGAGUAAGAAGAAGAAGAAGAUCUGAUCCUUUUAUACGCGGAUGGUUGCGAGAUGCUUCUUUGUGAGAUGGGGAACAUCGAGUUGAAAUGAAAGCUAAUACUGUUCGUCUCUGCAACACCGGCAGAGGUCGAACGUUUCCUCUUUUCUCUUUUUUUAUCAUUAUGCAGUGUUUGUUUUACUACUGGGAGUUGUGUGCUUGGCUUAGUUUAUAGUCUUUUGACGUUAUGUUCUUUUUUUCUGAUAUUUUUAAUUGCUCAAACUACGGAUCGCCUAGCUCCAGAAGCACGUCUUUUGCUGAAGGGAGCCGAUUCCUGGCAGCCGAUUUGCAUGCCUUGUAUAUUUAGUCUCUGUG